AGAGAGGUGGGAGGAAAUACAGAGCAGCGAGGGAGCGCACGGCAGCCUUGUGUGCUAUUGGCUACGUCACUGAGCACGACCUAGGGGACGCUGUUCUUGUUUUGUCUUGCCAAUGUUGUUGUCGUCGCCAUGAUGGAUGCUGGCGUUUCGAUUCAAUUUGAAUUCCAACAUUAUUCGUUUACCUACCCAUGUGAGUUUGUGUGUGCUUUCUUCACUAACACCAGGGAGCUUACUGGAUGAGGUCGACGUUCGUUUCGACUUCAACAGCGAGCUAGAAGGUAAAGUUUCGUGUGAGUCGCUCUUCCCCUAACGCAGUAAAAUUGCUAGCGAGUGUGUUUGUGCUCCCGCAGAGGGAGAACUGUCACCCGCCUCCAUGUUGUUACGCACGCAAAUGGCGGGUCUGGAGUUCUACGACGCCGUGCUCAACAAUGACCUCCAGCAGCUCAAGCGGCUGGUGGCACAGCACAAAUUAGACCUCAACGGGAAAUUCCUGGAGGUCCGUCGUAAGAACGACGCGGGACUCUGCCCGAUCCACCUAGCCUCGUAUCGUGGCCAUACCUACAUGCUUCAGUACCUGAUCGACGCGAAGUGCGACGUGAAUCACACCACGGGUACGCUAAGGCGUACGGCCCUGCACUUCGCCGUUCAGAGUCACAAGAUGGCAUGUAUGUUGUUGCUCAUCUCAGCCGGUGCCAAGCUGGACGCAAAAGACACGUUCGGGAAUUCCCCGUGUCAUUACGCAGCAGACGACGGCUAUUGCCAGAUCCUUGACGUGCUUAUCAGGCGUGGUGUGAACGUCAACAGCCAAGAUAUCACCUCUAAGACGCCACUCAUGAAGGCCGUGCGCAACAAUAAAACCGACGCCGUACUGCGCCUCUUGAGAGCGACUGCAGAUUUGAAUAUCACGGACAGAAACUGUGACAUGGCGCUUCACUACGCCGCAAGAAAUGGGUGUGUGGAUAUCAGCGAUAUCCUGCUGUCAGCUGGCAGCUUGAUCAAUGUCCAGAACUACUGGGGCCGCAGUCCUCUCAUGGAGGCUGUCUGCUACAACCACAAGGAGGUGGUGCAGCUUCUACUUACCGCUAGCUGUGACGUGAAUCGCAGGGAGUUCAAAACCGGGGACACGGCGCUUCACAUCGCGAUCAAGCGAAACUACACACGUGUUGUAGAGCUCCUCCUGGCAGCCGGCAGUCGUCAUGACGUCUACAACCACCAGGGAGAAACGGCCAUCCACGACGCCGUGGCCGGGAAUAAGAUGGACAUCAUGUGGCUCCUCUUGGCGUACAACAUCGACUUGGAUGUCCCAGUCAAGUAUUUUCCUAAUGGAAUUUACAAAUCUGUGUUCAAACUGGCCGCAGAGAGGGGGCAUUACAAGCUGUGCCGCCUCCUGGCCACGAUCGGGCACGUGGACUACUCAGCACGCAUGUACUUCUACGCCGGCUACGUCCAAGCGAGGCCAGGUGAACAGGACGAUGCGCUGGUGUGGCUAAGGACUGCCCUGAAGCGCGUGGUGCCCCUCCAGCAGCUGUGCCGCAAGGUGAUCCGACGUCACGCCGGACACAAAUUGUGGGAGAAGGUGGAGAGCUUGCCCGUCCCCAGAGCACUCAAGGAUUACGUUCUCAUCAAAGACAUGCUGGAGCACAAGAAGGAGAGUAAUGUGUGAGUCUGAGAGCUGUGGGACAACAGGCAGCGAGGAGAUCUUUGGCCUAAGUUGCUCUCCUCUCUGCAUCGACCAGUUGACAAACUUGGGACCAUAGUAUAGGUUGUUGGGGUGCACAUGCGCUUUCAUGCGCUGUUCGGUUGAUAUGGGAGCUAUGUUUGAUCUUACUGAGAUAUAGAUGUCUCUUUUACGGGUCCAAAAAGACAACAGUAUGAACGGGAGGGGGAAACUUACCAUUUACCCAUCUUUACGUAAAUGGCUUCAUUGCAUAUUGUCAGGCUGUUUUUUAGCCUUGGCAAGUUUGCCUUCAAUGGGCACUUUUACUGUACACAGAACUCUCUCUUUGGGUAUAUUGGUGCAGAGAGGAAGGUUUUUCAAUUGACCUAAAGAUGUGUUCGGGUCUUUCUUUCAAGGGUUUAGUUUGAGAGUAGUCGGGGGAGGAGGAAUCUGGUCCUGCUGCUCCUGGUGCCCCUCUCCUCUUGGCAGGCUUGUGUGAGAGGGGAGAGGUUAGUCUCAUGUGAGCAUAUUCCUCUAUUUUUAUUCUCUCCAGCUGAUACUGGUUUACUUUUAAACCAGGAACAUCACGGUUUUUACACCUGUUUUCUAAAUUUCAUUCUGCAAAAUGUGAUGUUCAAACUACGGCUAACUGGGUCGACUUUGUCCCUUUCAAUGGGGGAAAACUGUGAUCAGACACUUCACUAAUUCAAAGCUACUGAAAUAUCAUUCCAUCUGCGUUAUAAUGAACUUCAGUUGGAAUAUUUUGUUUCUGGGUGCAGUAAAACGUUCUACUAUUGCGGUAGCCACAUGUACAGUGCGUAUUGUUAGUAUGAUUGGAAAAACUCUUGUUCUAAAAAAAA